UGUAGAGGAAGAAGAGGAAUUGAUAGAAGGAAAAAUAAAUAAAAAUAAAACAAUUAUUGAAGAACAAAAACAAAAUAAUACUUUAGAGAAUUUGGGGGGAAAUUUUGGAAAAUUAAAAAAUGAGACAAAAUUGAGGUUUGUUAAUGGAAGAAGGAAGGAUAAUAAAUUAAAUUUUAUAUUUAAAAUAAUUUUCAUAAUUUAAGACAAAAAUUCAUUUUCAGGCAUUUAAACAAUUCAAUUAAUGCCACAAAUGUAAUAAAUACACCUCAAUUUCCUGUAUUUACUGGUUUGGGGAUGGAAAUUAUUGAUGUUUCACCUUCAAAUGAUGCCGAAAAAGAAAAUAAAUUUAAAGAAGAAAUACCCUCCCUUCCUCCUCCCCCUCACAACCACCAACAACAACAAUUUAAUAAUCAUCAUAAAUUACAUUAUUAUUUAAAUAAAAAUAAUACAAAAUUAAAUAAAAAAUAUCACCCAUUAAAAAUAAAUAAAGAACAACAACAAGAAUUACCUACAACAACAACAAUUCCUUUUAUUCAAUUAUUACCUACAACCCCCAAACAUUUUGAAGAAGAAAAUAUUAAUCCUUUUAUAUUAAACCAGAAUUUAUCAGAACAAAAAUUAAAUAAAACAAACAAUAAACAAUUAAAUAAUUCUGAAAAUGUUGGGGAGGAUUUUGAAGGAAUUAAUUUAAUUAAUGGAACUGAAUGGAAUAAUAAAAAUGGUAAGGAAAAGAAAUGGAAGGAGGGGAGAGAGGAAGCUAAAAAUGCCAAUGAUAAUAUUAAUAACCAAACAAUAACUGAUGAAAAUAGAAACAUUAUUACCUCAAAUACAACAACAAUCACUUCAAGUACCUCAAGUGAAGAUUUAUCUACUUCUCCUUCAACAAUAACAACAACAAAAACUUUAAUUGAAGAUUUUGGAAGGCCUAAUAUACGUGAUGAAUUAGAUAAUGGAUUUGAGAGGGUUACAAUGCAUUUAGUUGAUAUUCCUUCGACUACAACUGAAUUAGUAAAUAAUGGGUCGAUUAUUGUUGGAGAAAGGCCUUCCCAACAACAACAAACUUCAACACAAAAUAUAUUAACAUUUAAUGGAAUACCUUUUAAUCUUCCCUCAACAAAACCACCCCCAUCAUCUAAAACAAUUGAACAAUUAAAUACAAAUUUAUUUACAACCACAAUUAUUCCCUCAAAUACUUUAAAUUCCCCUCCCCCACCACCCCCUCCUUCUUCUAAUGAUAAAAAUGAAGUAUUAAUAGAACAACAACAUUCUCAUAUAGAAUUUCCUCAAAUAAAUAAUAAUUUGGGGGAAGGAGAUGAAUUAGUAAAUAAUCAGGGAAAUGAAAAAGAUAAAAAUGAAAAUUCUAAAAUUAAUGGAAAUAAUGGAAGAGAAAUGGAAAAUAAAGAAAAUUUUGUUCAAGAAAAUUUAAAUAAAAAUGGGGUAAGAAUAAAUUAUUGAGGGCGCCAAAUUGUGGCGGCGCCGAAAUGUUCAAAUAAAGCCUAAACCUUUUGAAGCCUAAACCUUUAG